UUCGUGAGCGAGUCAACGAGACAACCGAAUUCAGUUUUUGGGGCCAAGGAAAAGUAGGUCGACAGUAUUGAUUUUUACUCAAUCUCCGACAAACAAAGACGUAACUUCGUCAGUGCGGUAACGAGCAAGGUGUGUGCAUUGGACGAAGAAAAGCCUUCAAAAUGCCCGAUGCAGAGAUGGGCGGGACAGUCGAGAACGUUCGGGUUGUGGUGCGCCUGCGCCCUAUGGAUCAGCGGGAAAAAAUUGACGGCACCUACAAUUGCGUGUCAGUUGAUUCUGUAAACAACACCAUAGCAGUCACACGGACCAACAUUUCUCCGCCGGAUCCGCCAAGGAUUUACGCCUACGAUGCCGUUUUCGAUAGCAACACGAGUCAGAUGGACAUCUACCUCCAAACCGCAAGUCCGAUUGUGGAGGAAGUACUCAAAGGUUACAAUGGCACGAUAUUUGCCUACGGGCAGACGGGUACGGGCAAGACGUACACGAUGGCGGGAAGUAAUUCCGCUCCAGAAUUGCGCGGCAUUAUUCCCAAUUCAUUUGCACAUAUAUUCAGCCAUAUUGCUAAAGCAAAGGAUGAUGAGAAAUUCCUAGUAUGCGUGACAUAUUUGGAGAUUUACAACGAGGAAGUACGUGACCUACUUGGCAACAACCCACAUCAGAGCUUGGAGGUCAAAGAAAGGCCAGACAUCGGUGUCUUCGUUAAGGAUCUCACGGGAUACGUAGUCCACAACUCCGAUGAGCUGGAAAAGAUAAUGGCGGUCGGUAACAAGAAUCGACAUAUUGGCGCCACGGCCAUGAACAUUGAGAGUUCUCGGUCGCACGCAAUUUUCUCUAUAACAGUGGAGAGCAGUAAAAAGGGAGCAGAUGGAAAGAUGCACGUCAAGAUGGGGAAGCUGCAUCUUGUUGAUUUAGCGGGCUCCGAGCGUCAAAGCAAAACCCAGGCGACUGGCACUCGGCUGAAAGAAGCAACGAAGAUUAACCAGUCACUUUCAGUUCUUGGUAAUGUGAUAUCUGCCUUGGUCGAUGGGAAAUCCACGCAUAUUCCAUAUCGGAACAGCAAACUGACUCGACUCCUGCAGGACUCGCUCGGCGGGAAUUCGAAGACUGUUAUGAUUGCGACUAUAGGCCCAUCAGACACGAACUACGUGGAGACGAUCAGUACGCUUCGUUACGCAAACAGAGCGAAGAACAUCGAAAAUAAGACGCACGUCAACAGCGAGCCUGGCGAUGCUCUGCUAACAAGGUUCCAACAAGAAAUCGAUCAGCUGAAGAAGCAACUCGAGGAGUCUGUUAUUGAUGUGGAAGGCGAAGGCGAAGAAGAACUUUCGGAAGAUACAGAGGACACCCUCACAGAUCCCGAGCUGGAUGUCCUGGAUCCAGAAGAGAAGAAGAUUAAGAGAAAGAUCAGGAAAGAGGAGAAGGAACAAGCCAAGAGAGAGAUGGCACAUCAAGCCAGGAAGGUUCUGGAGGAGAAGAAGGCGGAGCUACAAAGGACCAAGAGACAGCAAGAAGAGUUGAAAGAUAAAUUGCAACGUCUGGAAUCGAAGGUACUGGUUGGAGGUGAAAAUCUUCUCGACAAAGCUGAUACGCAACGGAAACUUUUGGAACAGGCCUCCAAAGAGCUGGAACAGAGGAAGCUGAUCGAGCUACGUCUGCAAGAAGACCUGCAGAAGAAAGAGGCCGAAAGGUUGGACCUGGAAGAACGAUACUCGAGCCUCCAAGAAGAAAAUGCCGCGAAGACCAGGAAACUUAAGCGCGCUGUACAAUUACUCAAUUCAGCAAAGGCUGAACUAGCUGACCAACAACGUGAGCAGCAGCGGGAGAUGGAGGGAAUCCUGGACGGGAUCAGAGCUCUGAAGAGGGAGUUGCAGCUCGCUGACUUAGUCCUCGACUCUUACAUACCAAAGGAGUAUCAGGCAUUAAUAGACCAAUACGUACAUUGGAACGAGCAACUUGGCGAAUGGCAAGUCAAAUGCGUCGCGUACACGGGAAACAAUAUGGCGCCGCAUCUCACGCACGUUGAAAAACGUCACGCACACAUCGAGCCUCCAGACUUAUCGGAGCGCUACCUCUCCUAUACCGCAGUAACUCGAUCCAGUACUCGUCUGGCGAGGCCGUUAUCAGCAGUACCAAGACCACAUACAGCUCUGAGGCAACGGCAUUGAAGCUUCUCAUUUAAACUGCAACUAUACAUUUAGUUAUGUCCUGAUUGUAACGUUAACAUAUAAAAAAAUAUUAUUCGACGAAGACCUAAAAAAUCAAUUUUAAAAUUUUGUUCAACAACGCAUCACGCUCUAAAUGGAUAUUCUCUGUAUCUUAUCUGUUCUGUGAACUAAGAGGCGUGUGAAUAUGAUCAAUAAUUUGGAUUCUGAUAAUUUUGAACUUGAACUAAACUGAAUUUAACAAAAACUAAACAUUCAAACUGAAAUAUGUUUGCCUAGUUAGGAAUUCUCGGCAAAUUAACGCAUUAUCAACUGUUUAAAAUUUGUUCUUAAUAUAUGAAUUAGUUAAUGAAUUAAUAAUAUUGACAAUUGUACAGUCUAUUGAACAGCCCAUAACACAACUAGUCCUAAAAAAUUUAAUUAGGCCAUUGACAUAGAGAUUGAAGAGUCGAGGACAUAAAAAUCCACCCUGUGUUACACCCCAAACUGUCUCGGAUUUAACGUUUCUUUCACAAUCCACUUGGAGUUGCAUAAUAAUGCGGUUAAUAAGCCGAAUAUAUUUUUCCUCCCUAUUUUAUAAUCAUCAUUGUUUUUUUUUUUUAUUACAGCGUAUACAUUCUCAGAGAAGGUAGAUAGUGUAUCGAUCGGAUUUUUUGAUUAUGGGUCUGUAUUAUCUAGAUCUCAUUAUAAAUUCUAGUCACAUUCCAAUGCUUUUUAUUUGAAUUUAUUUUACAAUAAGUAUUUUUGUUUUGUCUAUGAAAAUUCUAUAAAAGUGAUCAAUAUUGUAAUUGACGACUCUCACCUGAGGUCGCAUUAACCACGACUCCUAUGCGUUAACACUCGCUCGUACACAUAUGUAUUAGGGAAAAACUUUACAAAGUACCACCAGGAGCAGUAUUGACCUCUGUGACCGGAGGUCGAAAUAACCCCGGCAGAGGUCCGUUCACCAAUGGACUUUUCAUGUAAGCUUUUAACAGUUGUACGAUAAAGGAAGACAUCGUAAGGAAGUUGAUAUUUCUAGCACUGACGGCCAGAAAAAUUAUCACGAAACAGAUGUACGAGUCUGAGGCUAGACGUAGUAUUACGUAUUUUUUUAUAGUAAAUAACUUAAAGUAUUAAAAAUUAAUCUAAAUAAUCCAUGUAUUCAUAUUGUGUGAUUUUAGUAAUAAAUUUUUUUGUGUGAAA